AUUUUCCUACAAAAAGAAUAUUGUUUGUGUCGUUGCUUCCACACGUUCCAUUUUUUUCUUUUAAACCUUCAUCAGCCGCCAUUUGUUUGGGUUAUAUAUAUACAUACUCCUAUAUUACUUCUAACCAGAGGUUAUUGUGAAAAUCUUGAUAAUUUGUGUGAGCAAUAAUGGCAUCUUCUUCAGCUAUAGCUUCAAGUUCUGCACCUUUCAUCAAUAAGAAAGAUGUUGGUCUAUCAGCUUUCUCAUCACAAUCUUCAUUUUCCGUUCAAACUGCUCGGCAAAGGAUUUCCAAGAAAAUCGUUUCUGUGAUGACACCACAGCAGACUCAACGAACACCUGCCACCACUGGCUCAGUAAAGACUGGGAUGACUAUGACCGAGAAGAUAUUAGCUAAGGCUUCUGAUAAGCCUGAAGUGAGCCCUGGCGACAAUGUCUGGGUCAACGUUGAUGUUUUGAUGACCCAUGAUGUUUGCGGCCCUGGCUCUAUUGGAAUUUUCAAGAAAGAGUUUGGCCAGAAUGCUAAGGUCUGGGAUCGUGAAAAGCUUGUCAUUAUACCUGACCAUUACAUAUUCACUAGUGAUGAAAGAGCAAACCGUAAUGUGGAUAUCUUGAGAGAUUUCUGCACUGAACAAAAUAUUAAGUACUUCUAUGACAUUAAGGAUCUGGGGAACUUCCGCGCUAAUCCUGAUUACAAGGGUGUCUGCCACGUUGCUCUUGCACAAGAAGGUCACUGCAGACCUGGAGAGGUUUUGUUGGGUACAGACUCCCACACGUGUACUGCUGGAGCUUUCGGGCAAUUCGCCACUGGAAUUGGUAAUACCGAUGCAGGUUUUGUGUUGGGUACUGGCAAGAUUCUGCUCAAGGUGCCUCCUACUUUGAGAUUUGUGAUGGAUGGUGAAAUGCCCGAUUACUUGCUUGCUAAAGACUUAAUUUUGCAAAUUAUUGGUGAAAUUUCAGUGGCUGGUGCUACUUAUAAAGCAAUGGAGUUUGUUGGCUCGACAGUUGAAAGCUUGACCAUGGAAGAAAGAAUGACGUUAUGUAACAUGGUUGUUGAAGCUGGUGGAAAGAAUGGUGUCAUCCCAGCUGAUAAAACGACAUAUGACUAUCUUGAGGGAAGGACUUCUGUUCCAUAUGAACCUGUAUAUAGUGAUGAAGGAGCCAGAUAUCUUAAGGAGUACAGAUUCGAUGUUUCCAAGUUGGAGCCUUUAGUGGCUAAG